AAUGGUAGCUCUGAAAAUGCAUUUAAAUUGAAGGAGCAUCCUAAGCUUCCAAAGGGAAAAACAGUUGCAGUGAUAAUUUUGGACGGUUGGGGUGAGGCUAAUCCCAAUGAAUUCAACGCUAUCCACGUCGCUCAAACUCCCACCAUGGACUCCCUCAAACAGGGUGCUCCGGAGAAAUGGAGAUUGAUAAAGGCCCAUGGAAAUGCUGUGGGACUGCCCACAGAAGAUGACAUGGGCAACAGUGAAGUCGGUCAUAAUGCUCUUGGUGCUGGAAGGAUCUUCGCUCAAGGUGCAAAGCUGGUAGACCUAGCCCUUGCCUCAGGCAAAAUCUAUGAUGGAGAAGGUUUUAAAUAUAUAAAAGAAAGUUUCAGAAGUGGAACUCUGCACCUCAUUGGGCUCUUAAGUGAUGGGGGUGUACAUUCCAGGCUUGACCAAAUACAGUUGUUGCUGAAAGGUUCUGCUGAGCAUGGUGCCAGAAGAAUUCGUGUUCAUGCCCUCACUGAUGGACGUGAUGUUCUUGAUGGUAGUAGUGUGGGUUUUAUGGAGACCCUUGAGAAGGAUCUUGCUAAAUUACGUGAACAAGGUAUUGAUGCCCAGGUUGCAUCUGGUGGUGGUCGUAUGUAUGUUACCAUGGAUCGAUACGAGAAUGAUUGGGAUGUUGUAAAGAGAGGCUGGGAUGCACAAGUGCUUGGUGAGACUCCACACAAGUUCAGAAAUCCUGUUGAAGCAGUCAAGAAAUUGAGGCAGGAACCUAAUGCCAAUGAUCAAUACUUACCUCCAUUUGUUAUUGUUGAUGAGAGUGGAAAGCCUGUUGGGCCUAUUGUGGAUGGAGACGCUGUUGUGACCUUUAACUUCAGAGCAGAUCGUAUGGUCAUGCUAGCUAAGGCACUUGAAUAUAAGGACUUUGAUAAAUUUGAUCGUGUACGAUUCCCUAAAGUCCGUUAUGCUGGCAUGCUUCAAUAUGAUGGCGAGUUGAAGCUUCCAAGCCGAUACCUUGUUUCUCCUCCGGAGAUUGACAGGACAUCUGGGGAGUAUCUAGCUCACAAUGGUAGACACACUUUUGCUUGUAGCGAAACUGUUAAAUUUGGUCAUGUCACCUUUUUCUGGAAUGGAAAUCGGUCGGGGUAUUUUAAGCAAGAACUAGAAGAGUAUGUUGAAAUUCCAAGUGACAGUGGGAUAACAUUCAACGUUAAGCCAAAGAUGAAGGCCUUAGAGAUUGCUGAAAAGGCUAGGGAUGCUAUACUAAGCUGCAAAUUUGAUCAGGUACGUGUAAACCUACCUAAUGGUGAUAUGGUGGGGCAUACCGGUGACCUCAAAGCAACAAUUGAGGCUUGCAAGGCUGCUGAUGAUGCUGUAAAGAUGAUCCUCGACACAAUUGAACAAGUGGGUGGAAUAUAUCUAGUUACGGCAGAUCAUGGAAAUGCUGAAGACAUGGUGAAGAGAAACAAGAAGGGAGAACCACUUCUUGAUAAGAAUGGCAACAUUCAGAUACUUACUUCUCACACUUGCCAACCUGUUCCUAUUGCCAUUGGUGGUCCUGGACUGGCACUUGGUGUGAGAUUCCGCAAAGAUCUCCCCACCGGAGGGCUUGCUAAUGUAGCUGCUACAUUCAUGAAUCUGCACGGCUUUGAGGCACCUAGUGAUUAUGAGCCAACCUUGAUCGAGGUUGUUGACUAAAUAGCAUAGAAUUCAGGAUUGAAAUUUUUUGGUACAUAGGGUAGGUGAGAAAGAAUUCAUUUUCCAUCUCCUUACAUUUGAAUAAAAAAAAUUUGAUUGACCUUUUUUUUUGGAAGUAAGUUGACAUUCUACCCUAUGGCCUUGUUAAGCUAUAUAUGCGAUGUGUGACGACCCGAUAGGUCAUUUUGAGUA